AUGUGGUGGUACAAGAGGAGGGAGAGGGAGAGAGUGAGAGUGAGGGCGAGGGUGAGGGUGAGGAUGAGGGAGAGGAGGGAUCGCAGUUCUCAAUUCGUAGUUCGCAAGUUCUCGCUUCACUUUAUUCAAGAGUCAAAACUCACGACAGUCAAGGAUCAAGAGUAA